AUGAGGGGUGUCCGGAAGCCUAACAACGUUGUUCAAUUCAAAGCCGUACCUUAUGCCACACUACCAGGGCGAUUUAAACAGUCUGUCCUGCUUAAUGACCUUGGGAAAACUGAUAGGGACUUCACAAAGCCGGGCGCUGCAUGCCCCCAAAUCUUCCCCUCCCGUAUCCAUGACGGCGGCCCGAUCCCCGAGGACAACAUCUCUACACCUCCUCUAAGCAACGAAUUCACAAGUCUAAUCCUCCAACUCAAUGUCCCCCUAUCAACACUCCAAGCGGCUCCUCCACGUAAACUUCCAAUCCUAGUCUACAUCCACGGCGGCGGCUUCGUCCUCGGCCACAUCGACAAUGCGCACAGCACCGCCCUCAUGACCGAGCAAUCGAUCGCUGAUGCACAACCCGUAAUCUCAGCAAGUAUCCAGUACCGUCUCGGGGCGCUCGGUUCUCUUUACAUACCAGAAGCUGGAACAUCGAAUCGCGGGCUAAACGAUCAGCGUAAUGCACUUCUCUGGCUUCAGAGGUUCGUAUCUGGGUUCGGUGGUGAUUCAAGCAACGUCACGGUCUUUGGGGAGUCAGCAGGCGCGCUUUCGAUCUGUGAUCAUAUGCUUUCGAAACCCCCGCAGACGGGACCGUUGUUUAGGAGAGUUAUUUUGAUGUCUGGGAUCCUGGGGCCUGCGACGUUACCGCAUUCUAUCGAUUUCGCGAAGGCAAUAUAUGACAGGUUUUUAGCGAAGAUGGGGAUUCAUGAGAAGGGGGUGGAGGGGUUGGAGAAGUUGAGGGAAGCGGAUGUUGAGAGGAUUGUCCAAGUCACUGCUGAAAUCGGCGAUGAAGGGAUUAUGUGGUGGCCUGUGUGGGAUGAAGAAUGGUUUGGAGAGGGUACAGAGGGGAGUACCUGUGAUCGGGCUAUCGAGAUGGUUGCUGAGUGCGAGUGGGUUGAUGAGGUUGUGCUUGGGACUACUGGGUUUGAGGGCUCCUAUUCCAUGGGCAGAUUCGCCAACAUUACGCCUCAAGAGGGCCUCGACGGUAUUGAGGGUCAGGUCACCCAUCUCUCCUCCAAACCAAGCAAAAAGGUAUACCGCUACAUCUUCGACGUCAGAAAUCCCUUUCCAAACCACUCUCUCUAUCAACUCCCGCAUCAUUGGGUCGACGUCUACUUUGUCUUCAAGACGUUUCAAUUCAGAUAUCCCACAAAGCGGCUCAAAUAUAUCUCUACACGACAUGCACAGCUGUGGGUUGACUUCGCCAACGGGAAAGCACCGUGGGCAAAAUACAAUUAUGAAGGGAGUGUAAUUAUUAUAGUGGCGGAUGAUCGAGAGGGGUGGGUGGAAAGGAGCGCUGAGGUGUGUGAGGAGGUUAUGGAUUUGAGUUGGGAUCGAUAUGAGAGGCUGAUUGAGAGUUGGAAAGGAAUGGGUGGGGUUGAAAGGUUCUGGCCGUUGAAGGCUGGAGGAAAGGAUUGA